UUCCUGUUUCCCUUUUCGGUCUAGCAAUGUCUCUAGGGCUCAUGGCGUUUGCUGUGCCGCAGAUUAGUUGGCGCUGCUCCUUUCCUGGACGACGACUCGAGACUGGAACUUCGCUGAGAGUGGCUGCCUCCAUGAAUUAUAGCAGCCCAAACUCUCCAGGUCAGGAGCGACUCGUCAACCAGCUAAAGCACCAUCUUGCAACGAGCCACUCCUACCUCCCUGUUGGAAAGAAUGGCCGUGACGAUGACGAGCUGCUCCUCUGGUUCCUUCAGGAUCGAAAGUUCGACGUGCCCAAGGCUGGGACAAAGCUAGCCAAUUACAUCAAAUGGCGUGAAGAUUUUGGAGUAAACAGCAUUACCGACGACUCCAUCAGGAAGAUCGCGUCUUCUGGAAAAGCGUAUCUAAACUCAAGUCCAGACGUCAAGGGAAGGCCAGUGCUGGUUGUAGUUGCUGCAAAACACUUCCCUCGGGAAGAAGAGGCUCUAGCCAGUCAGAAGCUGUGCGUGCAUCUCGUCGAAAUGGCUCUGCAAAAUCUUCCUCCCGGUGGCGAUCAAAUCCUUGGGAUAUUUGACUUGCGAGGAUUCAACGCAGCAAACGCGGAUCUUACCUUUCUCAAGUUCUUGAUCGACGUCUUUUACAGCUACUAUCCGAGGCGGCUAGCGGAAGUGUUGUUUGUUGACGCGCCAUUUGUUUUCCAACCGGUCUGGAUGCUCGUCAAGCCUUUGCUCAAAUCCUACGCAAGCUUGGUGCGCUUUUGUACAGCUGAAAGUGUUCGGAGAGACUACUUCACCCAGGACACAGUUCCUCUUGACUUCAGGAAAUAGUAGCUCUUUCAAUCGUCAUCAUCCUACUAGGAUUGAAGGAGCACUAGCAAUGAAUAAACUAAGGAGCUUAGCUCGAGCUAUAAGAGAGAUAAGAACUUUCAUCGA